UUUCCUGGCUCUGAAAUCCAGUCGGGUGGACACAGAUUUAUGGUUGCUAUUGUUGAUUGCCUGUGGUAUUUAGAUGGUCACCAUUCUGCCUUGGAGAAGCAAUCUUGUACAAUUCCUAGCCUAUUUACUCGUUUCAAUGGCUACAAUACUCCUGAAGCUACAAUACUCCUGAAGUUUCGAAACACAGAAAGAGAAGUAUCUCAAGUCUUUCUGGCAUCACCCUUGAGACCCUGGCAUCCACGUUGUUUCACAACUUGCAAAAAUCCUUUUGGUCAUCUGAGCGAUUGAAGUCUCUGCAUAUGAACACUGAAUCGUUAGCCAGAAGCAUUGCAUCUUAUUCUGACUACCUCUCCUCACAACGAAAGAAGAUGAGCACGUUGCACAAAUCGCCAUUGCCUGUACGACAUAUUUCAGAUUCUAUGUCUGUGAAGUUUGUUAAAGCAUCAACUGGACUAUUUCCCUGUGAUAAAAGAUUAGAAUGGUUGUGUUUGUGUUUGCAAGAGAAAUUGGAGUACGAAUUUUUGUCUCUCUGUGAAUUCGUUCCUGAAACCGCAAGAGAACGUUACGACUACGUAAAAGUCCUUGAGAGAAAUGGGCUUCCAUAUCCGAUCAUGUUUUUGACACACUCAUCGGGAAACAAUAUAGGCAAUUUGCACUUUGUAUGGAAGCUACCAACUGCUAAGUCUAUUGAAUCAACUUUUGAAGAGAGUGUUACAACUAUUGAGGCCAUUAAGCUUAUUCUUCCGCAAUACCAUACUCGUGCUAUGCGCCGUGAAGUAUUUGCCAAGUUUGGUCGGAUUUCAUCCAAAGUGAAACCAGCUGCUUUGCGCUUUCUCUACCGGGAAUUGACUGCAGACUGUGCCGCUUCUCAUGACACACCAGAAGCAAUUAUUGAUGAGCGUGUACGUUCAAUCAUUUUGAUGGAACCAGAAGACCCUCACACUGUUGUUGAUUUACGAGAAGUGAAGUCGCAGGAAACAAAGACCAAGUACGAUUAUAUCAACGAAGAUAUCGGUGUGGCGGUUGAUGACCGAAGACAUGGUGACGUAACCCACAUGGCUAAAGCUAUAUCUGUUAGAGAUCUACGUGAUCAAGUCACCAGCAAAUGCCCACCAGGUACGAUGAUCCCCUCUGAGGAAUGGCUAAGGCUCCAGUUCUGGCCUAAGACAAAGGCAGCUAAAGUUGCAAUGCAAUACACUGGAAGGCUAAACAUCCGAUAUAUGGUUCAAAAAAGGCAAUUUCGAAAGACUCAUGCCGAUGAACACUAUGCUGCUGCUCUGUAUCGAUACAUGCGAGAGUAUGCUGUCCAGCUGUUGGAAUACUGCAAUAUGAUAUCGAUUGACGAUAAACACAGGCUGAAGGUUGGCGAACCAGGAUUUCCUGUUGCUGCCGCAGAAAGAGGUAGACGUGUUAUAGUUCGUUCUGGCACAACAUUCGAAGUUGGAGACCAUGAUUUCACCAAGUUCUCUAUUAUCCCAUCUGUAGUCAUCUGUAGUGCUCCUUAUUGACAUACCAGAGACCAUUGAAGACUCGUGGUAUCGUGGCCAAGUUGCAGUUGGCUUCAAAGAUGCAGCGUUUGAAAGCUCUUCACCGAUACGACAUGCUACUGAAUUGUCUUCCAUUCUAA